AUGAACUCAAACACUGGUCCACACGCCUGGUCCAUUGAGCAAGGACUACCCCUCUGGGAUGAAUGGAUGGAUGCUCUGGGUCCUGGGUCCGCCUCUCCCUACCCCUGUGUCGACUCUGGCAGCACCAUCGACUGGCAGGCUCGGACGUCCACCUCUCACCCUUCUGCCGGCUUCACAGCUACUUCGCGCGCUGCGCCUGCGCCAUCUCCCAGCUUUCAUCUGCCGUCGCCCAAUUAUAUGCCUCUUCUGUCCUUUUCACCGCCGGCUGCCCGGACCCCUCAUUCGACGCUUACGCCAGCUCCCAAACGUGUGGCCGCCUCGCCUGCCCCGAAAACACCCAAUUCUCGCAGUGGGCAGGACUUGGCGAUCGUGGACAUGCCGAGUUCCAACGCUGGAGCCCAGACCUCGACCCGAACUCGCAAACAACACACUGCUCUACAACUCUUUGCUAUAGUCCAAGUCGCAAAUGACAAAGACUACUUCUCUGCUCGUCAGCAUGGUCGGAAGGGUGAGAUGGUCACCGCUAUGGCUCAUCACCUUCGCACCGUCAAGAACAUCCCCUGCACGGAAUCAAUCGUCAAGACAAGAAUUGCGGAUCUGCUCCGAUAUCAUGAGGAUCCCGAGAAAGCUCCAGCUUACAUUCGUGACACAAUCUCGGGCUUGAGCCUUGAGAUCCGCUUCGGUGCACCUCUAGACCUACUAGCCUCCCAAAAGCGGCUGUACGAGAACAUGACCGAGGACGAAAAGGUCAAGGUCAAGGAAAAAGUGGACCAAGACAAGUACGGUGGAGAGAUGAUCCGGAACGCAUCCCUCACCACACAUCGCAAAACGUUCUUGGCCUCAGCUUCUUGCGACGAUACGGAUAGUGACAACGCAUCUCAUUUGGAUAUUGUCGAGACCACGGAAAGCUCAUUCAGUGCGUCGGCAGGCUUAGGUCCGACUUCCUCUGUGUCCGAAUGGGAGAGAGAGUAUCAAGCACGGCACGGAUCUUCGUCUGGCAUUGCUACCAAUGCAGGUGAUGUCACUGGAAGUCCUAAUCCAACACCAGUGGCAACGCAAGACCUUUCCGAUGCACCCAAGUCGAAUGAGCCAAAGAAGAACAAGAACAAGACAUCAGGGAAGAAUCAAGCAGGAGCGGCGAACGCGGCAAAGAAGCGCAAGCACACCAGAGCACUCUCGGACGAUGAGAGUGACACACCAGUGCGCAAGACCAAACGAGUGCGCUCAGAAUGCUCCUUCGACAUCUGGGGCCAUUUAGAGCAGACCGCUAAGGAGAAUAAGGGCUUCCAGAGUCAGAUUCUGGCACGGCUGGAUCAGGCAAAUGAGUAUCAGGCUGAGGCUAAUGAGACCCAUCGUAAAGCUGUUGACAAUCAACAGAGCUUUCAGAUGGAGAUGAUCGGUGUCCUCCGUGCUCUUCUUCCCAAGAACUAA